AGUCAUUGAAGAGUACUUGCUAUCAACGACCAUUUCGAUAGGUCAGCAUUCUUGACCUACAUACGUCAUCGAAUACUGGAAUCCCCUCCUAAUUUUCGAUUGGAAUCCCGACAAGUGGUUGAACUUAGAGGUGAAGGAUUUUACAGCUCGCAAGACCAAGUACCACUAAACCGUCGAGCAUUGUUCAGCAAGCCAAGCACUGCAGCUGUGGUUUUCCAAAUUCUAAUUCUGCUUGACAGUCUGCCUGGUAAUCGUUUCAAUAUUUAAAGACUGCAGUGAAAUAUCUUUGCUUCUACAUAUUUUAGAGCAAUCAACACAGCACUGGAUCAGGAACAUACCAAUCCUAACAAUGUGGGAUUGACCUAAGUGCUUGUAAGAAUUCCCUCUACAGAGGUCACCUCCCAUAACUGCUGUUUUUAAUCAUAAGAUGUCAUUUUAUAUGAUGGGUACUCCAUUGUUCAACAUCUGAAAUGGUUUUUGGCUGGCUUCUCACUGAAACUCUGAGCUCAAGAAAUCAGGAUGCCAUUUAAAUGGACGUUAAAGAAGACCAAGAGAUACAACGUCUCUUCCAAAAACCAAUUUGUGGUCAGCGUACAAUUGCUGGACAACACGCUGAUUGAAUGUACUCUCACUCCGGAGAGCCUGGCCCAAGAAUGUCUGCAGAGCAUUGCACAGAGGAUCGAACUUACAGAAGGAAUGCAGUAUUUUGGGUUGAAGUAUUUGAACAAGCAGCACCAGUUUCGGUGGGUGGAGCUGGAAAGACCGCUGAAGAAACAGCUGGACAAAACUGCCCUGCACCCACUGCUGUACUUCGGUGUGGUUUUCUAUGUGAACAAUUCGCACAAGAUUCAAGAUGAAAUGACCAGGUACCAGUUCUUCCUACAGAUUAAAAAUGAUGUAAUAGAAGGUCGCAUAGCCUGUGCCCCUGAGCAAGCAGUGCUUCUGGCAAGUUACAGUCUACAAGCUGAGUUUGGUGACCAUGACUGUGACAGACAUAGCCAGGAGUACUUAAAAGAAUAUGUCUUACUACCAAAGCAUAUGACCACGGAUGAGCAUGUUUUGGUGGGUCUCACACAGGAGGUCACCAACGCCCAUCGCAGUCAGCAGGGCUUCCCACCAGUCAUGGCAGAAAUGGAAUACAUUAAAUUUGCCCAACAGUUAGAUGGCUUUGGACAAGAAUAUUACACUGCCAAGGAUGACAGUGGCAAAGAACUUCUUUUAGGAACAUCUAUCCAUGGCAUCUAUGUCAGACACAAGAGUGGAGAGCUGAUCACAACUUAUAGUUGGGAAGAUGUUAAACAGAUGUCUUACAACAAAAAUUUCUUUCUUAUACAUCCUGAGAAAGGCACAAAGGCUCUCAAAUAUAUAAUGGAGGACCAGGACACUGCCAAAUACACAUGGAACAUGUGUGUGCAGCUACAUCAGUUCUACAAGGUGGUAGGACCAGAGGUCAAAAUCAGUGAAGCUACUGAAGAAAAGGACCUAUUCAGAAGAGAAAUCCAGUCUAUUCCUGACAUACAGCAGAGUGUUCAACAGCACGGGAAAAUUCAAGACAUGGGAAAUUCAACCCAGAAAGUUGUAAUUUCUGAAGAACUUUAUCAACACCAAGAUUCCUCGCAGAGUGAUCCCAUGUCUCAGAUGGAAUACUUCAGCCACUCCCAGUACAGCCUGGAUCAGAACACGGAACCUCCCACACAGGCCAACGGCCACGUUAUGGCGGGCAAUAACCCAUACCAAAUCCCUCUCACACAGACUUCCCAAUCCCACCUGGGAGUAUCACAAACUAGCCUGCAGGAUCCCAGGCAGAUGCUGCUCCCUGCCUACAGGCCCAGUCCUAGCUAUGAUCAGGUGAUGCAGCAAAGGAUGCUAGGUGGAAAUAUUGGAGACUCCUUGGUGUACUCUCACCCCGAGACCAUGGCUUACAGUCAGCCUGAAAUCCGAACUGAAUCCAUAUAUAACAUGCAGGAGCAGUAUGUGAACUUGGUCCGGGGGCAAGGGCACAGGAAUGGACACGUGGUUAUAAAUAAUGGUGGUGGUGGAGGUGGGGGCGGUGGGGAAAGGGGGAAUGUUGUUGAUAGGGUAAAUAGCAUGAACAUGUACCCUGCAGUCAGCACACCCGAACUGAACACCCAGGGGACACAGCCCCCUCCCUACUGCCCUCCACACUUGGUGACCACAGACUCCAGUUACUGUUUCAAACCUCCCCCACCCUACCCCCGCCCCAGUCAGAGCACCCCCGAUCUGGCCUCUCAGACCAAUGCAAGGACUAUCAGUGACAGCCCAGACCUGGUUUCUAGAAGGAAUAUCAAUCCCAAUGCUGUGCCCGCUCACCCUCCUCCAAGCUAUGCUCAGUAUCACAGCUUUGAUGACCUGGCAACACAGGUAAGGGCAGGACAGACUUGUGAAGUCAGUGCCCUAGAACAGCACACGCUAGAUCAGAAUUUUGAAGAUCAGCAGAACAUGAUUAAUAUUCAUCAUGGAGCAGCAUUAGUGUCACAGACUGACCCACAGGUGGCAGCACCUGUGGUGACCACAGAGCCUGUGGCAGUGAAUCACAAAAUGUAUAAAAGUUUUGAAAAUCUGGCAGAUCUUAAAUUUGAUGAGGUCCCUAUUGAAUUCGAGGAUGAUGACGAUGGUGAAGGGGGUGGAGAGAGGGAGCCACCUCCACCUGAUCUUCUGGAAGAAGAAAGGAAAAGCAACGCCUCAGAUGCAACCUUUCACGAACAUUUUUCGGAACCUGAGGAGGAAACCCGACCACAUGUGAGAGAAAGAAAGUCUCGGUCCAAGUCGGAUCCUUCCGCUGUUGCCGUUCCUGCCCCUGCCCCCGCCACAGCCAUACGCCAUAGUUACCACUACAGUGACUCCAGUCAGGAUAGCACGAGUGCUAUCGGAAAGAGCAUUAAAGCACCAGUCUUUGAUGAAAGUAUUGUGCAGCAGAGGGGCAGGGCUGCCUCAGUUGGGACAGGGGCUGUGAAAUCUUCAGCACAGCAAACACCUGAGAAAGCUGCUGAUAAGGGACAGGACAGUAAAGCAGAGUUCACAGUUGGCUCUGCUAAUACAGCAUAUGACAGUGACAAAGAGAGUAUACAGUGUUUGGAUGUAACAGCACUGGAUAAAGAUGACGCCGGUGGUAGAUCUCAUUCCAAGUCCAGUUCUAUUGAUACUACGUCCUCUGGUCAUGGGGCUCUGCAAGGGGGGCCUGGGCCUCUCGGGGAUGUGAAAAGGCGGAGUAAGAAGAAAACUGAAAUGGACAGUUCUGAAGAUGAGGACUCUGAGUUGAAGCACAGAAGUAUUGGCCCCCUUCGCCUGGCUGCGAUGAAUGGGCUUACUGUGUCAAGACCAACACUAAAAGCACAGCAGAAUGAUGAAGCCAGGGCUCCCAAGGAUGAAAGAAGAAAAAUUUUAGAGAACAAGUUAGAAGAGGGUCAAGUUUUUGUUGAGUACGAAAAACUGCCAAAGAGAAAGGCUAAAAGCGAUUGCAGCACUGCACUGAAAGAAGAAAAUACUGACAGAAACAGAUUCAAGGAUGUGGUCCCAUAUGAAGAGAACAGAGUGAAGUUAAAACCCACCAAGGAGAACAAGACUGGAUUUAUCAAUGCAUCACAUAUAAAGCUGAAGAUUAGGAAGGAGGACUUCUGGUACAUUGCCACCCAAGCUCCAAUGGCUAAAACUGCAGGUGAUUUCUGGCAGCUUGUGUGGGAGUGGGAUGUCCAAGUGAUAUCCAUGUUGACUGAACUGAUGGAAGCUGGAAAAGAAAAAUGUUUCCCAUACUGGCCAGAUAAGCCAAAUGAAGUACAGAAGUAUGGAGAGUACGAAGUGAAGUUUAAGUUUGCCAAUGAUUCCUUGUGUUAUGUGACCAGUAAUUUAGAAGUAAGGCAUGUCAAGUCCAAACAGACCAAGACUGUCUGGCACUUACAAUACACAGACUGGCCUGACCAUGGAUGCCCAGAUGACAUAUAUGGGUUUUUAUCAUAUCUUGAUGAAAUUGAGUCUGUACAUAGACAUGCCCUGGGAGAGAGGACGGACAGCUACAGGACACCCAUCCUUGUCCACUGUAGUGCUGGGGUUGGCCGGACAGGAGUGGUCAUCCUCACAGAAGUUAUGAAGGCUUGCUUGGAAUUCAAUGAGCCAGUGGAUAUUCCUGGGGUUCUGACCAAGAUCCGUGAACAAAGAAUGCACAUGGUGCAGACUGUAGGGCAGUAUGGCUUUGUCUACAAGACCCUGAUACAGUAUUUGAAAAAUUCAAGACUUAUUUAAUACCAUUUUGCCAUGGAGGUCAAUGUUUUUGAUCUGAUUUAAAAAAGAAAGAAAAUGAUGAACACAAAGAUUAUGACAGGCACUACAAAUCGGUGAUUCAGUUCCUUAUGAAGAACAAACUGUAUAUAUUUUUAUUAGGAGAUGCAUAAAACUUGGAUUGCUCUGUAUACAGAAUGUUGGGAUUCUUAUCAAGCCAUCAAGAAAUAUAUUUAUGUGACAAUUAGUAAGUAGAUUGGAGAAUCCACAGUUUAUGGACAACCAAAAUAUUUUUAUAACGCAGUUCUGAGGAUGCCAAGCUUGAGGCAAUGGUGCAAUAUUUUAACUGUAUGUCUGUGAACUGUUCACUGUAGAAAAAAUGCGGAGGAACUUUCCAGUCUUAAGAAACUUUUUUUAACAAAUGAAAUUAUAUUUUGCAUGCUUUGGUUUAAAAGCAUUGAGGUGAUAUGGAAUGAGAAAUGGAUUGUGAAAUAAGUUUGAAGCGGAGUUAAAUGUUAUCCUCCUUGAUAUUUCAGCAAGUUUUCUUUGUACACUGUGCUCUUGGUUUGAAUAAUAGAAGGACAAUGUGCUGAAUGCUGUAGAUAAAUAUUUUAGCUAUUAUUAUUAAGAAUUGAUGCAAUUUCUGUGUCAUAUUCAAGUAUUUAUUUGUCUCAAAGUCAUAAGAUAGUUUGUUUUGAUAGUACUUUUUGCAGGCUCUUUUGUGUAGUUAAACCAAAUUGGGGUUUUCUCUUUGACAAGAAAUUGUUUAAAAACUAGCUUUGUCCAAGUCGGGUCAUGAUAAGUAUUCAUAGAAUAUAUGUGGUGUUAUCUUAUUUUGUGAUUCAGAAUCUGUAUACUGUGGUUUGUUCCAGCCCUGGUUUUGGUUUACUAUUUGCAUAGAGGGAUUUAAGUGGUUUGCCAGCUAUGUGGACUACUGUAUUGUCUUCAAUGAGGGCCUGUUUUUAUCCAACCAAAUUCUGCUGUGACAAAAUGCUUGUUUACUUCAGUGCUUGGACAUUUUAUGCACUUAUUUGUCAACAAUCAUAAAUUAUAUCUAUAAAGAGUCGAAGAAAGAUCACAAAGAAAAC